GACGGUGGGAAACCCGUUUAGUGCCGCCGCUGGCGGACUGGACGGCAGCGGCGCCAUUUUGUGAUCGCUCCUUGGUCGUCGAGGCUGCUUGUCCGUGACAAGGGGAAAAGAAAACAAAUCAAUUUACACACGCACAGCACCACACCUAUCUAAUUUAAACUAGAAAUAUUGUCUGCGCCCCGUUAAACAGCUUCUUUGCCUCGCAGAUCCGUUUUAAAAACAAUAUAUACAUUUAAAAGUCGCGAGCGAGGCCUAAGGGCGGAAGACGAGUCCGAACAGCAAGGCCUGACAUCAGGAACUGUGAGGAAAAGAAUCGCCUCAUUGCCCAAGAGAAAGACUCCCAGCGUCCAGACUCGGCCGCAAUCGUUAAUCCUUUGAUAUUAAGAUUUUGGGUAAAUUAACAAACUUGUCAGAUGGAAAAGCUAACCAAAUAGAUCCAUUAAAUUGGUCAGGUGGCAGUUAGAAAGCAUGGCAGAUGACCUGGAUAUUGAAGCAAUGCUGGAAGCACCGUAUAGAAAGGAGGAUGAGAACAAAUCGAGCAAAGCUAAUGGACAAGAGGAACGUAGUAAAAAGAAAAAGAAGAGCCGAAGUCGUAGCCACAGCCGUGAAAGGAAGAGAAGUAGAAGCAAAGAGCGUAGGCGUAGCAAGGAACGAGAAAGGAGGAGAAGCAGGAGCAGAGAGAGAAAAAGCAGCAAGAAUAGGGAACAUCGUCGCAGCCGAAGCAAGGACCGAAGGAGGGUAGAAAGAGGCCGUUACAGGAGUCCUUUUUCUGGUCCAAAAUUCAGCAGUGGUGGUAGCAGCAGAGGGAAGAUUGGCAUGCAACCUGGUAUCAAAAUAAGUCGAAGGCGAUCUCGAAGCAGAAGCCCACACAAAAAGGAUAAAAGUCCAAUAAGAGAGCCAAUCGAUAACAUUUCACCUGAAGAAAGAGAUGCCCGCACAGUGUUUUGUAUGCAGUUGGCAGCACGGAUACGACCCAGAGACUUGGAGGAAUUUUUUUCUUCUGUAGGAAAGGUUCGUGAUGUAAGAAUGAUAUCAGAUAGGAACUCUAGACGCUCAAAAGGAAUUGCUUAUGUAGAAUUUGUCGAUGUGAGCUCUGUUCCACUCGCAAUAGGUUUGACGGGGCAAAAGCUGCUUGGUGUGCCAAUUAUUGUUCAGGCUUCACAGGCUGAGAAGAACAGAGCUGCAGCGCUGGCUAACAACCUCCAGAAAGGAACGGCAGGACCAAUGAGGCUAUAUGUAGGAUCUUUGCACUUCAAUAUCACUGAAGAAAUGUUGAGAGGAAUUUUUGAACCCUUUGGUAGAAUUGAAAAUAUACAACUGAUGAUGGAUAGUGAAACUGGCCGAUCGAAAGGCUAUGGAUUCAUAACGUUUUCUGAUGCUGAAUGUGCAAAGAAGGCUUUGGAACAAUUAAAUGGGUUCGAGCUUGCCGGUAGACCAAUGAAGGUUGGCCAUGUGACAGAACGAUCUGAUUCUUCCAAUGCCAGCUCAUUUCUAGACAGCGAUGAAUUGGAAAGGACUGGUAUUGACCUUGGAACAACGGGGCGUCUGCAACUGAUGGCUAGGCUGGCAGAAGGAACAGGAUUGCAAAUACCUCCGGCAGCACAACAGGCUUUGCAGAUGAGUGGCAACAUUUCAUUGGGUGCCAUGGCAGCAGCAGCAGACCAAGGAUGCAAUGAUGUCUGGAGCAGAGUGGUCCUGGGGGAACCCAAGCUGAACAUCAAUGAACAGGUUCUUGAUUUGCAGACCAGAAUUAUGCAGCAGACUGAAGCAUUGAAUCCUCCUAUGGCUGUAAAUGCCCCACCAAUAGCGACACAGUGUUUCCAGUUGUCCAACAUGUUUAACCCACAGUCGGAAGAUGAUCCAGCCUGGGACCAAGAAAUCCGAGAUGAUGUAAUUGAAGAAUGCAAUAAACAUGGAGGAGUAAUUCACAUAUUUGUGGAUAAAAAUUCACCCCAGGGAAAUGUCUAUGUGAAAUGUCCCACUAUUGCCGCUGCUGCUGCAGCUGUUGGCGCCUUACACGGAAGGUGGUUUGCUGGAAAAAUGAUCACCGCUGCCUAUGUGCCACUUCCAACCUACCACAACCUCUUUCCAGACUCGAUGACAACAGCCCAGCUGCUGACUCCGGCAAGACGAUAGGAGCUGCAAGGGAACUGAAAUUCCAAAUAACUUGGAGGAAUGUGGACAAUUACAUAGGGGUUGCCUGUACAAACGAUGCAAGUGGAAAGUAUCGGGGGGAAACUCUUUACAACUCCCAAUGGACUUCAGACAUGUUUCUUUUUCAAUCUUGCCAAGCCCUAGUGGAAGAAAUAAAAUGGCAGAAGUAGAUUUACACACAAGCGCCCUAAGGCUGUUUUAUUUUGGUGCAGUGUACCACAUUUUGACUAUAAGUAACGUUGAUAACCUGAUCAGAUAACCUGAUUGAAAGAUGGUGUGCAUCUUUUUGGGGGGUUUUGAACUUAUCCUUGUGGUUCCUGUGAUUAAGACUAAGACUACUGCAGUCAGGUAGACUAUAGAGAUAGCACUGCACUCGUUACCCAUUUUAAGUUACGUUUUGUUGAUUUUGCUGCUCUUCUGGUCGAACUUCACAGAUGAGCUUUUUUAAAUAUCAGUUUAUAAAUUUUGUGAAAAUACUUAUUGUAUUAAAGUGAGUUAUUGGAAAAGAUAAUCUUUGAAUAGUAGGCUGCAGCUCUUGUGAAUUAAAGAUCACACAGUAAAUCUCUCAGACCUCUGAUCAUUUACUGCAUUCAUUCUGCUACGUGGAGUUCCAGUUGAUUCUGAAAGAUUGGGGUUAGUGACCCUGAUGAAACUAAGUGAAGGCAAGUUGCAUGGUGUGUUGAAGCAAGUUUACAUACGAUUGAGGGUGGGGAUGUGGAGUGAGAGAGAAAGGAGCCCAGGUAAGCUUCUUUAUAAUAACUGGAAAAGAGACUGGCUACACCAGAUUAUUUCCUUUAGUUACUGGUGAUUUACGUUGCCAACCAUUUUUGACUGAGGAAUUGAUCACUGAAGUUCAAAUACGAUGGAGCAAUGCUGAAUUUCUACAGAAUUGGAUUAGUAGCAAUUGUGAAUUUGGCUACUUCCCAUUCCAUGUUCAAAUUAAGGAGUGGUGUUCUAUAUCGGUAUAGAUCUAGGGCUGUUUAAAGAUCACUGUGCCUAGUUCUGGAAAGUGUUAAUACUAGAUUUGGCUAGCAUUCUUAUGACCAAAGUUUGGGAUUUUCAUUAAAUAAAAGGCUUAACUGCAAAAGAAAUGGAGUUCUAAAUAAUUUUUGUGUACAGUUGGUCUCUAGGCAACAUUUUCAGAUUAAAGAUUAUUGUAUAUACAGUUUGCCUUAUUUGGUCUGUUUUCAAUGCUAAUCUUCACUUCCCACCCACCCUGACCUGAUUUAACCAUCUUUAUGUAAAUAAUUAAUAGUGAUGUGCUAUCCUUGUGCUUCCAUAGGAUCUAGGCCAGACAAACUUAAUUUUACCAUAUUUAAAAAAAUAUAUAUCUGAGCAUUUGGAUGAAUAAAAAUAGGGGUAAGGGCAAAAUAUGAAGUCCACAAUAGAGCUGAAUGAGAACUGAUAUACUCCUUCAUUGAGGAAGUAAGAAGGAAGCUGCUAACAACUACAGACCUGAGUAAUGUCCCUCUGACUCCAUUCUAUUAUAACCCAAUGUUUAAUUGAUGGUAAGAUCGCGAGGUUGUUGUCACUUCACAAUGGUUGACUGCAUGGACUGGUGUAAAUUGAAGUUCGGAGGUUUUUUCAACUAAUUGCAUGUUCAUUCUUUUUAAUUGUUGUCAAAUAAGAUGAAAGCCAAAUAUAAUCACUCUCAGCGCAUCUUCUAUUGGAUAUUAAUUACAGGUAAGCAAUGACUUUCUGUAAUUUAAUUUUAUGCAUUUAGAACCCUAGGCCAGUUUAUAGUUGUUUCUCGCUGCCUUUGUUGUAGAAAGUGUUAUGCAGGAAAAAAAAACAUUGGAAAGGUUUAUUAAUAAUGAUUUUGUUAUAAAUGCAUAUUUUAAGAAAUUAAGAUGAAAAGGGUAACAGUAAUUUUGUCUGGCCGUGCGUGGUGUUUCUUGCUGGGUUUUUUUUUGUUUUUUUUUAAGCUCUGUGAGCUCCAGAGUGUAAACAUUACCUGUUUUUUUUUUUUUUUUUUUCCGCCCCCCUUCUGUAGUGUGAUUCAAAAGCAGCCUGGUAUUUCUAUUCAAAAGUAAGGAUUUUGUAAUUGGUACAAAUUUUGUAUAAAAAAUGCAAAAUCAUUCAAUAAAUAAAAGGAAAAAAAACA